AUGAACAUCAGUGUUGAAAGUCCUCUGACAGGUUUGGGGAUGAACUGUCUUAUUGGCCAAAAGUACAGACACUCUGGUCCGGGCCUCGCCAGUCCUCAGGAGUACAAUCAGUGGCUUCCCUACCGCCACAACGCCAGCCUGCUGCCCAUGAAAGAAGACCUGGCGUUCUGGCUUAACAACAUCAUGGGUGAGGACCUCACAGCUAACAGUCUGAUGGAGAGGUUGGAUAAUGGCGUUCUCCUCUGUCAGCUGGCGCAGCUGCUCCAGGAGAAGAUAAUCAACAGUGGCAAGCCUUUCAUAAGAAGAGUGAUCCAGUGGCGAGCUGAUGCAACUUCCGGAUCAUUCUUCGCCAGAGACAACACCGCCAACUUCCUUUACUGGUGUCGAAAGAUCGGUGUUGAAGAAGCUUACCUUUUUGAAUCAGAGGAUUUGGUCCUCCAUAAGCAACCUCGGGAGGUGUGCCUGUGCCUGAUGGACCUGGGGCGGAUUGCAGCCAGGUAUGGAGUGGAGCCUCCAGGGCUUGUGAAGUUGGAGAGAGAAAUAGAAAGGGAAGAAGCAGGGUGCUUAUCUCCAUCCUCACCCCUGCCCCUCUCUUUUUUCCCUCUUCCAUUGCCGUGUUCGCCAUCACAUUCAUCCCUGCCUCCAGCCCCCUCUCCCUCUCCCUCUCCCCCUCCUCCUUUUCCUCCUCCACCAGCACCCCUCACUCCAAGCACAGCCACUCUGUCUGAACCCCUCACUGUCUCCCUUGCCUCUGAUCUUCCAUCAGCCACAACAAACCAAGUGCCUACAUGUUUAUCCCCUCCUCAGUCCUCCCUCACAGCCUCUAACCCCUGCACAACCACAGCAUCAACACAAACACCUUUGUUUUACUCAUCCUGCACCACUAACACAUCUGCAUCAACUUCACUGUCAGCAACCUCCACUCCCACCGCCUCCUCCGCCACACUAAAGAACCAUGCUCUUACAGCUACACCUCCCACCCCCUCUCGACCUGCAGCUCUGACCCAUCAGUCCAGCAAAUCCACAAGACGAAAGAGCACAAGUGCCAACAGCAUUUUGGAUGAUAUUGUGAGAAACAUUAUUGAAAAUCCCCCUUGCAGCUGUCCGACCAGGUUCGUAGUUGAAAAGCAGCCUAAAGGCUGUUACCGCAUCGGUGAAAAAGUUCUGUACAUACGGAUGCUGAAUGAGCGUCACGUGAUGGUUCGCGUAGGCGGAGGCUGGGAGACCUUCAUAAGUUACCUGCAGAAGCACGACCCCUGCAGAGGACCAGUUGGCAGGUCUGAGGUCAGGGUCUGUCGGGACAAAGCGAAGCCACCCAGUUUGAACAUCUCGCCUGACAGCUACAUGGUGGUCGGCGCCCAUUACCGCAGCAAGAAGUAG